AUGCUUUUCUCCGUCGGCCCUCUUCGGGGCGCAGUCGGCGUACCCUUUCGUCAUGCAUGCCCCGUAUUUAGUCCAUCUUGUCACCGUCUUGCUCGCAGUCAAAAUAUUUCUCGACCUUGGAUACGACCGGCUACUAAUGUACGACAUACUGCUUCAAAGGCGAACCCAAGCCCCUUUCAACGGCGUCCUCGUUCAGAGCUCUUACUUUACUCUGGAACGCUCUUGGCUGUAGGAGGAGGAUUUUAUGUUGCGUAUAAGACUAAUGAGUCGUUCCGGCAUUCGUGUUUGGCGGCCGUUCGAUGUUCGCGAGUUGCCCGUGCAGUUGUUCUAGGGGCAAUUGACUACAAAUGGACGUUCGCGAAGUCGUACGAGGAUGACCAAGCGAAGUUGCAGGCGUACUCGGACUGUCAUACUCGAAGUGCAAUUCGUGUUCUAGGAGCACUUCUUGCGAACGGUGGGAUAUUUAUCAAGCUCGGGCAACACAUGUCAUCUCUAGUGAUGCUUCCGAGAGAGUGGACGAGUACCAUGCGACCUCUACAAGACAGGUGCUAUCCAACGCCAUACGAAGAUCUCCAAGACCUCUUCCUCGCAGACUUAGGUUCUCCUAUAGAAGAGCUCUUCGAUGAAUUCAAUCCAACACCACUCGGCGUAGCGAGUCUUGCUCAAGUGCACGUUGCGAGAGAUAGACAGUCCGGACGACGGGUUGCGAUCAAGGUGCAGCACCCGCACCUGAUUGAAUUCUGUGAUGUAGAUAUGAAGACUGUGGAAGUGUCGCUUCGCUGGAUAAAGCGCUGGUUCCCGGAGUUCGAAUUCACCUGGCUCGGCGAAGAGAUGCGCGAAAACUUACCAAAAGAAAUGGACUUCGUGAACGAAGCUGCAAAUGCAAGACGAGCUGAACGGGAUUUCGAAGGCGUUCGCACGUCAUUAUACAUUCCUCAAGUCUUGUCUGCGACGAAGCGUGUACUUGUCAUGGAGUUUAUAGACGGUGGUCGGGUUGAUGACCUGGAAUACCUGGCAGAACACAACAUUGACAGGAACUCGGUAGCGCUUGAGGUGCAGCGAAUAUUCUGCCGGAUGGUUCAUCUGAAUGGCUGGUUCCACGCUGACCCACAUCUGGGUAAUUUGCUCGUCCGACCAGCGCCAAAAAUAUCAAAAUCUCCAUAUAAUUUCGAAGUCGUUCUUCUCGACCAUGGCCUCUACUUCGACAUCGACCGCGCUCUUCGAAUAAAUUACAGUAAAUUUUGGUUGUCUCUUAUUGCAUCAUCUUCACCGCAAACGAGUGCCGAGCGGAGAAAGUAUGCUAUGCUUGUUGGUAACAUCGGAGAAGACUUGUAUCCUGUGUUUGAGACCGCUAUUACAGGUCGUGCCGGUCUCGGAGGAUCAUGGGACUCCGAAGAAUAUGCUCCAGGAAAGAAACGACCUUCCAGCAUGGUCGACCUGAUGCCCCAGUCCGAAGAAGAGAUGGAAGCGAUACGGAAUGCUGUCAUUAUGAAAGAAGGGCUCCUUAUCUCUGUCUUUGAUCUUCUUCGUCGUAUGCCUCGACGUCUGUUGAUGUUGCUGAAGUUGAAUGACUUGGUUAGAAGUUUAGACCGAUCGCUGGCGACGACCCAUUCGAGUAUACGUAUUUUCUUGAUCACCGCGCAAUUCUGUAACCUCGCCGUCUACGAAGACUGUAAACGAACACUAUACGACUCAAUAAGAGUUAGAGGGUCAUUAUCAUGGAGCAUGGUGGGGACGUAUUUCGGUCAAUGGUGGUAUUAUCAAAAACAAAAACAAAGCCUCCGCCUGGUAGAACUCGCCCUUGAUACAGAAGCAUGGGUGAAGAAAACGAAGGCAUGGAUACGUGGACUAUGUCGAAAGGGUUUCCGUGGUGCUCAUUUAGCAGCUGCGGGGUUGAAUGUAGUAUAGCAUAGAAUUAUCGAUAAUUAAUGACUUAGA